AAGGCAACCGCACAUGUACCCUUCGGUUGAUACUCUCGUGCUUACCUUAUAUAAACUUCGACAGCGUACUUUCUAACCCAACACCCCUGACCCCGCCUUUUACCUCGAUCCCUCUCAGAAUCAAAGUACAACUUCAGAGUAACAGAUCAGCACACUUCGCUAUACCCUCGAACACCGCGUAGUCGACCGAUAUGAAGAUCGUUACUACCAUUCUCGGACUGACUGCCGUUGCCGGUGCCCAAUUCAACUACGAUGACUGGCGUGCACCUGCCUCGGGCGACCUUCGUAGUCCCUGUCCCGUGCUGAAUGCCCUUGCCAAUCAUGGCUUUUUGCCGCGGGAUGGGCGCAACAUCACCCAAGGGGUCCUGAUCAAAGCCACCUCCGCCGUCAACCUUUCCACCGAAGUAACAGUCGGUCUCUUCCUCGCAGCCCUCAAGACCUCAUCGGAUCCAGCCAGCGGCGCAUUCACCCUCCAGGACCUCAAGAAGCAUAACAUCAUCGAACACGAUGGUUCUCUGUCUCGCGCCGACACAGGCACUCCUGGUGCAGGCGACCAAGAGUUCAACCGUGACGUCUUCAACGAGUUCAAGAGCUUCUUCAAAGGCGCGACGCAGAUUUCGCUUCCGCUCGCGGCGGCUGCGCGCUGGGCCCGCGUGAAGAGCGCUCACAAGAGCAACCCCAACUUCCUCUAUGGUCCUUCUCAACGCUUCAACAGCUACGCGGAGACGUCCAUCUACUUCCAGCUGCUGCUCGACCCCAACAAGGGUACUGUGCCGCUAGAGUGGCUCGAAAUUGUUUUCUGUGAGGAGCGUCUCCCUGCUCGCGAGGGUUGGAAAACCCCGUCCUCGAUCAAUGGUCUGGGCACGGGUGGUGUCCUCUUGAAGCUAGCCAUGGCUACGGACGAGAAGGAUGCUGACAUUGUAUUGCCGGGGACUGGUAAUGUCAUCUCGCACCCAGCCUAGAUAGUGCGGUACAAGAUGUGGGGCUGCAUUUCUCGGUUGCUUACUGCAUGUCAAUCUUCUUAGUAGUAAAUGAUAUGUGCGUUGCAUGUGUGUUGAUACUGAGAUG